AAUAUGGCGGCACCAUUCGCCUCUAGAACAGGGCGGGGAGAACAGUCGCCGAAUCGACAUUACAAUACCUACGCGUAUUUUGACGAAAACGACGUGUCCGUGACUAAAACGCGGGUGAAAUUGUGAAAUAAUUGUGUGUUUCAGUGUUAAUUUACAACGUUUGUGUUAUCAUUUGUGCAUAAUAGUGUUUUUGUGAUGAAAAAGUCCAAGGACUUUAGGGUAACAAUGUCUAGUAGUUGACAUGUUUAUCUGUGUCGUGUGUGAAGAUUUUCCCUUCGCGUGAGGAGGUGCGGUGCGCUUGUGUGUGUGGUUAACGUCGAUGUGUGUGUGUCAGUGGCCGUGGAUGUGGAUAUACGAGACGAUUUAAUGAUGGAUUGCAUUUCCAAGGAUCUAUAGAAUGUAAUCAUCCUUUCUAUCCAUGAGGAUAUCAACUUGACCGGAACUGACAAUGAGGUCACAGGCUUCUAAACCUUCACCUAAAAAGGGGGAGCUUAGUAAAAUUCACUCUAAAUCAAUAACCCCUAAAGUUAUUAAGAAGAAAAAAGUACCAGCUAAAAAGGUAAAGAAAAUUGUUAGUAAAGCUUUGGUCAAACAACCUAAAAAAAGUUCUGCCAAAGAUGACAGUUCCAGUAAAAGUGAUGACGACGCGGGAGCUGCUAGCAGUCCUGAUUCAGCAGCUGAUAAUGCUAAGCCUGGAACAAGUAAAUUACGCACCGAUUCACCGGUCAAAAAAACUAAAAGUGGGCCCAAAGAGAAGAAAGACACGCUUAAAACCUUGACAGAAACCAAUACGAAAAGAGCACCAACAAAAAAAAGUAAUACUGUAAAUAAGAAAAGAAUAAACCCUAAGGCUAAAAUGAAUAAAGAUACAAAACAAACUGAUACAAAGUACAAAACAAACAGGGAAACACCGAAAAAGGUAACAAAGAAAGUAUGUAAAACAAAGACAAUUGUUAAAAAAGCUGAUUUAAAGAAAAAGAGUUCACAACAAACAAAACAAGCUAAUACUGAAAAAGAUAAAUCAGCCAAUGACAGUACUAAAGACAGAAAAAGUGGAUGUGAAACAAUUGAAUCAGCCGCAAACUGCUGUCAAAGUAAUAUAGAUGAUGAAGAAUUAGACAAUCAAGAUAACAAAGAUGAAGCCACUGUCAAUGCUAAAACUGAAACUAAGAGUGAUAAUAAUAAAUCCGCCUCACCAAGCACUGCAUCAAAAAUUUCCACUAUAAGUUUGACAGAAACUACGAAGGUUGAAAUUGAAAGGCCUCCUAAGUUUUUCACAUCAACUCGAUUACCAAGGACAGUUGAUAUCGAUGUUAAAUGCUUAAAAAAUUCCAAAGGAAACUUAAGCGUGUCCGAAAGAUUUUUAUCAAUGAAAUUGGAAACUAAAACCGAAGAGAACUCUAAGGACAAAAAUGUUUCUAAUACUUUGAUAUCACAAGGACCUGAAAUUGACGUCUAUACUUUCACAGAAAAAGUUGAUUCGCCCAAGAACAUAUUAUCGGAUUUCAGAAGCCCUAUUAAUAAAAAUAUUGGACGAGUUCGCCCUAUUGCAAGAGUUAAGGGAACAAUUAUAGAUAAAAAAACGGAAUCAGAGAAGAAGAAGUACUCUCCACACAGACCAAUAGAAGAAGUAGUGAAACAAUUAAAAGCGAAUAAACGUUCUGAAGAAGUCGAUUUAUGUCAACCCACUAAAAGCACUUUGACUAUAUGCCACUUGGAUAAAAAUGAUUUGACUGAUUUAAAAGAAGCACCAAUAAUACCAAAACCAAUUGUUAGUAAAUCAUAUAAGAUGGUGGCACGGAAAUCAAGUGUCACAGGCAAACCUUUUAGCCCAAUUCAUUUUUUAGAUUCAGAAACAAUGCAACAUAAAAAUGAUAAACCUACUAAGACAAACAUAAUUACCAAAAAAGUAACAAACAAAUCAAAAAAGCAGAAUAGAAAAGGAAGUUCAUCGGAUGAAGAGCUUGAUACGUGUAAAUUUGCACUCAAUAGUAAAACGCUUAAUCAUUCUUCUUCCGAAGAGAGCUCCAAUGAAUCUAAUGAUGAAAAUGACACCAAAGACUCUUCAGAAUCAGACACACCUAAAGCUAAGAAAACAAAAUUAAGAAAAUACAAGCGUAUCAUAGAAAGCAUGAAAAAAACCACAUCUAAAGAACUAAAAGAACUAUCCAAAGACUCCUUAAUUGAUUUGAAAGAUGAAUGUGCACUUUUGGGUGGUGAUAAACCAAGUAAAAGACGACUGAAACUAUUAUCCAUGUGGACAGGUCCUAAAAAACAUAGAAUGGCAUCGCUGAACGCUAUUGCUAAAGUACAUUGCUUAUACGAAAAUGAGAGUCGUACGCAUAUGGAACUAGGCCUUAUGAAAACUGUAGAUCGACAAGCUUUACCAAGCACAUCAAAAUCACAACCAGCUAAGAAAAAGGACUCUAAGCCAAAGGACAUCGAAAAGCAUGAAAGCAGUGCAUCCGAAUCUGAAUAUGAGAGCAAAAUAGAUAAAAAAGACGAUUCUUCAGACAGCUCUGAUGACAGCUUACCUCAGAGAACUUUGCGUGGUGUCCCUGGGAUAAGAAGCGCAGGAAAAUAUUGGGAUCCAAAAUCCUCAUCAUCUUCAAGUGAAGAUAGCGAAUCGGACACCAAAAAGAGAUCUCCUGAGAAAAAGAAAAUACCUAAAUCUUUUUCAGCGAAGUCAGAUUCAGACAAACCAACAGCUAAAAUGAAGAAAACAGCCGGAGUACCUAUUAAAAAGAAGAGAAAUAGAAACGAAGUUGUGAUGGAUUUGAAAGAUAUGGUGGUCCAAAAGCGCAUGGCUAGCUUAAACGCUUCCGCUAUCCUGGCCGCCAGCUAUGAAAAACGAUCUCCUAAGUCAAAUAAGGACGAAACCACUUCAGACUCUGGUAGCGAUGAAUCGUUUUCUCAAAAGUCAAAAAACGGGGUGAGCUCCGGCGUGAAGUCGGAAAUGAAAAACGAUGAAACAAAAAAAGAGGGCGAUGAAUCUCAAUUAACAGAUAGGAAGCAAAAAGUAGAGGUUAUCGUUAACCAAGAUACCGAUGUAACCAUCACUGGUGUAUAUUCUACUCACCACCACGAAGGAUUUUGCACAGUAUCCGGCAUGCAGUACCGUAUUUCUUCAACAAGUCACACGCAAACAACUGCGACGGCUAAUUGCGAGAAGGAGGGCUGCCCAAAGGAAGAUACAGCUCGGUACACUCCUUUGUCUGCCUUAUCUUCGAUGCAGCCUCCCGCCGAACACAACCAUCCUCCUCAUCCAGUUCCGGAGAUUGGAGGCUUAGCUCGUCGUGCCGGAUGCUCCAGCGCGUUCUCGGCGCCUUCACCGGCAGCGCAUCACGAACCAGGAUACUACCAGCCGGCCGGUCCCCUUAUCAAGGAGACGAGUGCAGACGCAGAGCGGGCACUCGCAAGAUACCACCCACCACCACAUUAUCACGCGCCGCAUCCAUCGAUGCUGCAGCAGUAUGGUCCUCCUUACUACCCGGAUCUAUGCUAUGGACGGUAUUACCGACCACCCGCACCUUAUCACAUGCCGCCGCCACAACCAGACGCACAGAUGGUAGGCGUCGGCAGCGAGCCAUAUCCCCCGUCACAGUAUUAUGGCACGCCACCAUGCUAUCAACAUUCACCGCAAAGGAUACCAUAUGUUGAAUACAGAUGCCCGUGCCCACUGAACGCGUGUCCAAAAAACGUCCUUAUUGGGCCCGUUACUGGUAAAGCCCCAACUGGUAGCGGCCCAGCAGACUUACCCUCAGCCCUCGUGCAGCCCGGGGGCGCCUUCCGACCGAAGGUGCGGGCGUGCGCGCUUGAUACUGCCUCUGACACUCACGGCAGUGGAAAGGAUCCACCACUAGAACCAGAACCUCCAGCUGCAGCUGAUGCUCCACAUCAAUGUCCACUGCCGGCCAUAGGUGGUGCCUCACCGAAACGAGAAUUUCUCGAUGUUCGUGAUAAAUUAAGAAUCGCUGGUCCCCCUGAAGCUCUCGGCCCUCCAUCCCCAGCUCGAGGUUCGGCUGGUGUAUGCGCACCGCAACCUCCACCGAUUGCACCUCGACGAGCUCGACUCGGCAAAGACAUGGCUAGGAGAUCACUAGCUGGAGAUGAUACCGGUCUACUUCUAUCAGUACCGCGACAACAGCAGAAUACUACGACGCCUACACCCAGCGAUGCUGACGACGACGUAAUGGAGAUUUCCCCACCAGUUUGUGGCCCAAUAGAUUUAUCAUCUUCAGAUGAAAGAACAACACCAUUGGUCGAUGUUAAAAAAGAAAAUGAAGGGCCUACAUAUGCAUCAGCUCGCAAACCUGAGGCACAAGCCUUAAAAGAACACAACAACUGUAUCCUGAUCACGGACUCCACAACAGUUUCUGAUGGAGCAAAGGCAGUGAAACGCAGGUAUUCUAGACCAAAGCUUGAAAUAGAUAUGAAAGACUCUCAACUUGAAGACGUAUGUAAAACAAAUGGAAUUGGAGAACACGUCAAAUUACAAAAACGAAGGAAAGUGUCUGGUGAUCAUACUGAUAUAGGCAGGAUAGAAACUGUAACAAAAGAACCAAAAAAGAAAACCACAAAGAAACUCCCUAAAACCCCUAUCACUGAUAAGAAAAGCCUGAAACGAAAGAGGGUAAAGUCAACAAGUGGCUUGAGUAGUAAAAAAAUGCUUGUAGAAACAAACUUAGAUGAGGAUUUAAGGUCCAAAAGUAUUACAACCAUUGAAGAUACUCAAGUAACUAAGCCGAAAACAAAAAGUGCUCAGAUACUUGACAAUCUGAUUAGAAAAAACAGCAUCGAGAGGCUAGAUGCCAAAAAAUAUACUUCAGAUGGAGAAUUGGAUCCUGCAGAACUAUUUUUAUCCCCAAAUGAAAACAUAAGUCAAAAUAAGAAAGAAAACGAUAUCAAGAAAACUAAUAUCAACAAUAACCUCCUAGAAAAUACUGUCAAUGGAGUACGGCCCAACACAAUCGCAGCUGUAACCCAACUAAUUGAAAAGAAACUUGCUUUCAAAAAUGCUUGUAAACUAGAGACAGUGGAUUCCAGAGUGACUCACAGCAUAAAAUCAGUAUUAGAAUCAUCAGUGAUAAAAUCAGAAAUUAAAAAGCAAGUUAAGCCUGAAAUUAUUGAGGAAAAACCAACGAUUUAUCUAGAAAAAGAUGCUUCCAAAUGCGAGAAAAUUAUCGAAAAAGAUGAAAUAAUUAGUCAAGAAACGGAACCCAUUAAAACUAUGGCUACUUGUGACAGUGAAACUGCAAUCACAGUUUCAGAAAUACCUAUAUCAAAGGCACCAACUGAUUUUGAAGCAAAUAUUUCAAAUGAGGUGAAUAUCGAUGAAUCUCAAAAUAUAGAUGAAAAUUCAGAACACUCAGAGGGGAGCAAAGGUUCAGAAUCAAUACGCCGGGAUAGAUCAGCGUUGAAACGAUGCAAAUUAACUAAAAACAAGAUUAAAGGGAAAAAUGUGGCUAAAUUGCUAAUAUCGAAGAGACCGGCGAUAAAAACCGAUGAAGCCACAUUAGUGAUUGAAGAGGCUUGUGCAUCACCAACACCCAGCGUGGGAUUUAGGGGAAAGGCCCGAAGAAGAGGUUGUGGAAGCUCAAGACGAGGAAGACGGCCACGAUCACCCCUCACAUUACUAGAUUUCGGACCCAGAGCGCCACCACGGUGGAGUAAUGGUUGGAAUUGGGACGGAGAAAACUAUAUAUCCAGAGUCUACGUAAGCAACGACUCGCGACUAGUCCGCACGGCGCGGUGCUGGUCGCGCAUGACCCACGAGAGCGGGGACAGCGUGGCGCGCGGAGACUGUGUGCUGCUACGGGCCUCCGUCGCUAGAGCUCAGCCGUUCGUCGCCAGGGUUGCCAGCCUCUGGGAAAAUCCCGAUGACGGUGAGAUGAUGGUGUCCCUUGUAUGGUACUAUCGUCCGGAACACACGAAGCUCGGUCGGCAGCCGGAAGACGCACCGGACGAAGUGUUCGCUUCGAAGCACCGAGACGCCAACUCCGUCGCUUGCAUCGAAGACAAGUGCUACGUGCUCAACUUUAAAGAGUAUUCCCGAUACAGGAAGCGGCUAAAGGCAAUAGAGGCGGGUGUCCCCGCUAGGCCGUCGAUCGUUCCGCCGAUACCAUCGAGCGAAGCCGUCGCCGCGUGCGUGCCCAACGACGCCAAACUCCCGCCCGCCGUUUCGCCGGAGCUCGUCCUAUUCUGCCGCAAGAUAUACGACUUCAGAUCCAAGAGGAUACACGUCUCCAACAAGUGAGCUGCAUCAAAGAAACGUUAGGCCCUCGUUCUGGAGAUCCGUCUCGCGUCGAUCUCAAUGUAAUAAACUAUCGUCUGUUUCAAAAGGAGAUAAACACCAAAGUUACGAAGUUGUUUUGUCGACGGUACGUUUCGGUACUCGGUUUAAAAAAGAACUCGUGCACGUUAAAAAAGUAAAUGAGGACGUGAUUUUUCUUGAAUCGUAGUAGUGCCCUUGAAGCCCUUGAUUAGUACAAAUUCUACUUUCCCCUGGUGCAAACGGUAGCGUGAACUAUUGCUAUUUUUAAUGUGAAGUAGAUAAAUCGAUGUGUUAGUAUUCGCCGAUACGUCGAUUGUGUUGCUUGUGUCGUGAAUCGUGUUAGAAUUUUUGUUUUUCAUUAUGACAGUGAUUUGCUGUAUUAAUUUUGUAUUGUAUCAAGAGAUGCCUUUUGUAAUGUGUAAGUAGAUUUAAGAGAUCGCGUUGGGAUAAUUAUGUAUAGCGAUAUAUUUUCCUUUUGCUUCGAAGUGAUAUGAGCGAGUUUAUUGUGCUUACAUGUAGAGACUGUGAAAGCGUGCUAAGUUUUAAUUAAAUAAUGUUUGUGGCUGAUACAAUAUUCCUUUCACCGUUCUAUUUGGCUACAUGAAAUAGAUAAAGCAUUUAUAAUUAAUUUUUAAUAAUUGUUACAUUGUUGUCAAAGUAGAGUCUAUAUUAAAUUAUUCUUUAAUUAGUUAAGAUGACAGUUACGUGACAGCGAUUAUGCGAUGAUCAAAACCAUGUUAUUUAAAUCAAAUGAUAUCCUAAUUGUGUGUCGCACUGCGCGACUAAACUGUGUAGUACGCAGUAGUUGUAAAUAUAUUUGUUUUGAAGCAUUUUAAACAAAAACGUGCCCAUGAUUCUUGUAAAGAAUUCAAGAUCACAUUUUUGCUGUCGUCACUUUGACAUCACAAGCCUAAAUGGAUACAAUCAAUUUGUCCUGUACAAAGAACCCCGCCUGCAAGCUAGAGUUUCUGUAUUUUACUACCGCAUCCUAAACAGACGUGUUUAAUGUGUGACUUUAUCAUCUAAAUAUAAUUCGGUAUACCACUGACCAGAAAAUGAAACUUCACCCCUCCCUGCCUUCAAAGGAAUUGAUUUCAUUAAUGCAUUUCGGCCUUUUGUCCUACGGGCAGUUCAUUUUUCGUUUUCAAUAACUAUCUGUCAACAAUUAAUUUCAGAAAGACUGAUUUUUCAAAAUUGUAUCAAAAAAUUUAUUUCCUGAUUUUUCAUAAUAUUUUACUUGAACCGGAAACAGAACUCUGUUAAAGUUUUCUAAUAGAGUCAGACAUGUCAUCCACCAUUUUACAAAUAAAAAAAAAAACAAGUGGGAACAUGUAACAUAUUUUAAAAGUAAUACUAGAACAUAGAUGUAUAACAAACACUUGAGUGUUAAAUAAAGAGAUAUAUUGUAAGACUUGAAUAGUGAAAUCUCUUAUCAUUAGAAUAUAAUUUUAAGUAGUGUGAAAUAAAUGGAGAAUCUAUAUUGACGUUAUAUUUUCCUUGUGGAAUAUUUUAAAAGGGCAUUUAUAUAUUUGCAGUUUUCUAACCUCUUCACUAUUUCCUACAAUGUAUCUCUACGUUGGCUACGACUGGGUAAAAAUGUUAAAUUUCGUUGUAAAUAAUCUUUAAUACUUUAUUUUGAGCCUCUAUCGUUCUCAUUUGUUGUCCUUUCAAUAUUUCCUUUCCAAUAGGUUUGUUCAUGAAUUUUAUUUGUAAAAAAACAUUAAGUUUCAUUUGUUUGAUUAAUUAACAUUUUUAUAUCAAUAUUAUAUAGAGAUCUGCACAAUUACAGCUAUUAAUGUAAUGUUUUUGCUGAUUCAUUAUCUGUUUGAACAGUUAGAGAAGUGAUUAUUUCUGAAUCUGUGUGGCACUCAAUACUAUUAAUAAUAGAAGUGAAUGAAGUGAAUCAAUAUAUUCAAGUAGUAACUGUAAUUACCUCGUACAAACUGUAAAAAUGAAUCCUAUGUGUAGAUCUUAUGUCAUAAAAACGUAUUUGAAACGCAAAUGCUAAUUUUAAAAAUAACUAAUUUGUUUAAACGUCGCUCCAGACAUAACAAUAAUUCUUCCAACAUUAUAAGAAUCAACAUAAACAGAUUGAUAUAUCUAGUAAUUAAUAUGAACAUUGUCAACAACAAAAAUAUUAUGUAGACUGUCCAACUUAUUCGUGGAAGUUGUUAUCGUUUUUGGUUCAACUUGAUAGCGACAAAUUCAGUAACACAACCUUACUGGUUGUCUAUUCCAAAGCUAUUACGUUAGUCUUUUCCUUUUUUCCUCUUAUUGCUUGAUGCCAAAAAUUUAGCUGCAAAAUGGUAAUAAUAUCGUAAUACCAACUCUUUCUAUUUAGGUUACAUGGAUAAUGGAAAAAUCGGUACAAUAUGUAACUAGAACCGUCUAAAAACUCGUAUUUGUCUGGCACGAGACCAAAAUAAAAACAUUUAUGUAUAGUGCAUAGCAAAUAAAACAAUUUAUAAAUGCACUCGGUCAAUUAAAAAUUAUUCCUUGUAGUUCUUCCAGAUAAAUUCAUACACACAUAUUAUUAAGAUCCAAAUUUGAAAAAUAAAUAUUAACCAUCAUUAAGUUACUGUGUUAUAUCACACCAAAGCCGUAAAUGCAUUUAGUGGAAAAAGAAAUCUUCGCGCGAAAAAAAAAAAUUCAAAAUGUUGUGUGUCGAUUAUUUCAAUAUCCAUGCUCAUUAAGUACUAUUAAUUAAUUAUAGAAUUAAUGAGUAAAUUCCAUAAUAUAAACUCUAUGUAAACUAUAAGUGAGCUCCCUUGCUUGUAGGUGGAUUGUUUUAAAAAUGUUACCUUACUCCACAAUCGCGAAUCCUUAUAGUCAAUGAUUUUUAGAUUUAGGUAUUACUUGUAAGAAAUAAAAUACCUUGUUUUAUUAUUUAUUUGUUUCAAUGAAAAUUAUAUAGGUAUAUUUUUAUUAAUGUAACCUUACAUAGUUAUGUUGGCUGUAAUUUAAUAUUGAUGUAAUUAAUAUAUGUAUUUUUAUUUCA